AAUUACUCGACUAUUUAGAUGAAAUAAAGGAUUUGGUUUCAUCUCUACAUAAUCUAUGCAUUUUGACUGGUUUUCUAAAAAAAUAAGUUUGUCUAUUGAUUCGUCGUUUGCCCCACCGACAAGUGAGACUUUUCACUAAAUUAAUCGUUAAUUUAUGACAAACUGAGUGAAAAUCCUACCAAAAGUAUAAUAAUUUAUAUAGAGUACUACUUUAUAGAUUAUUCAGAUUGAAUAAUGAAUAUUUGGAAGACCUAAGCAUUGGAACAGUGCGAAGCUCCUUUGGUGUCUCAUUGGCUUUCGGACUUUUCGCACGUCCUACAAUAAACAAUCAUUAGGUUUUGUGGUGGUACUACAUCGUGAAUCGAUCGGUUAGGUAUCAUUUUGCGGAAGUGCAGUGAAUGUGGUGCAGUGCAGUGAUCUCGGUGAUGGACGCAAUGUAUCAGUGAAGGCGGCUGCGGUGACCGACCGGAUCUGUAGCUGGGGGUGUCAUGCUGGAGACGCGGUCGGCGCGCGCCGCAGACUCGGUGUGGGCGAACAAGCCGCUGCCGGCGCCGCACGCCAUGGCCAACACGAGGCACGGGAAAAACGCACAGGACGAUGUUUGCUACGUGGUCGCUAAGUACGACUAUGCGGCCCAAGGCGCUCAGGAGCUGGACCUGCGCAAGAAUGAGCGGUAUUUGCUGCUGGACGACUCCAAGCAUUGGUGGCGGGUGCAGAACGCACGCAGCCAGUCGGGAUAUGUGCCCAGCAACUACGUUAAGAAGGAGAAACCUUCACUCUUUGACAGUAUUAAGAAGAAAGUGAAGAAGGGGUCGGGUUCGAAGACGUUGCCGUCGAACAGUUCCCCGGUGCGCGGCGGCGGCGAGGCCGGCGGGCGGCGCGUGGAGCCGGCGGACGCGCUCGGCACCGCCGUCGUCAAGUACAACUACCAGGCGCAGCAGCCCGACGAGCUCUCGCUCACCAAGGGCACGCGCAUACUCAUACUCGAGAAGAGCAACGACGGCUGGUGGCGGGGACAGUACCAGGCCCACACUGGAUGGUUUCCAUCGAACUACACUAGCGAGGAGGGGGACAAUGAGGACCCCGUGCAUACGUACGCCAUGGCGGAAAAUGUGCUCGACAUAGUGCCGUCCCCGCAGGUGGCGCUGUACUCGUUCACGUCGAACAACGAGCAGGAGUUGUCGUUCGAGAAGGGAGACAGACUCGAGAUCAUCGAGCGUCCGCCCUCCGACCCCGAGUGGUACAGGGCCAGGGACUCGCGCGGACAUGUCGGGCUCGUGCCACGGAACUAUCUGCAGGAACUCGCUGACUACCUCACCACGCCCUACAGCGAGGGCGGGUCCGGCGGGUCCGGUGGUUCCGGCGGCCGUCCGGGCCCGGGCGCGGCGGCCGGGCGCGCCUGGUACUACGGCGCCAUCACUCGCACGCACUGCGACGCGCUACUCAACACGCACGGACACGACGGAGACUUCCUCAUACGAGACUCGGAGACCAACGUGGGCGACUACUCGGUGUCGCUGAAGGCGCCGGGCCGCAACAAGCACUUCCGCGUGCACGUGGAGGGCGGCCUGUACUGCAUCGGCCAGCGCAAGUUCCCGGCGCUGGAGCAGCUCGUGGCGCACUACCAGCGCGCGCCCAUCUACACCAACAAGGCGGGCGAGAAGCUCUACCUCGUGCGGCCGCUGCCCAAGGCCACGCAGCCCUGCUGAGCGCCCCGUCAUACCUUUUGUACGCCCGUGUCCACUAUUUACUCGUUAAAACUAGUUCAGAGCUUCCGUAUAUGCAUUGUCAAUUUUGUACGAAAUUUUGUAUCCAGGCUCCGCACGCUCGAUCGGAACCGACCACCGUUAGUGAGGGUUUAGCACGAAAGUAGUCGAUUAAUCGAGUCGAACGGAUUCCGCUAUCCACAUCACUCAGUAGUACAACGUAUCCCCGAGGAAUCUGUUCGUGACGAACGUAUUGUACUGUGACGACUUGUAACUCGGCGUUGAAGCGACGUCUAAACUUAUUACUACAAUAACAAAACCAAAAAUUGGCUUCUUUAUCUCUAUUAGUGUUUAAUAACAAUUUAUAUCAUAUUAUUUAGGUAAGUUCUAUAGUGUAAUUUUAUAAUGAGUUAUAGUUAAACUGUGUUUUACGCAUAUUAUAAUCGAUUGUGUCGCGUGUCUGAGCUCCGCGCGGAUAUAUUGAGUGGACGCUUCAGAGCAUGUGAUGUAUAACUAAAUAUACACUGAUGCAUAUGUUGUGAUGUUUGGCUAAGUAAGAUAUAAUGUAAGUCAUGAUCAGGGAAAAUCGUGGAAUGUGUCGGGCUGAGGAGUUAUUGUAAGUGAGUGGGAAUUUUGUAAGAAUUUUAUAUCGCGCUUAACGUUUUGAGGGCUCUGUUGCGACUGACAGGCAAUUUGCUAACGUAACACGCAUUAUUGUUUCCCAACAUCGUGGAUAUAUCUAGAAUGCAAGUUCGUGAUAAACAACCCUUUUAAUGUCCAAGUUUUAAGUCUCGCGAGGACGUCAAAAGCAUUAAAACGACAUUCCUUAUUUUAUAAAAUGAGCAUCGAGCCCGCCUGUCUGUCGCGACAGCGCCCGGUCGCGCGGCGGCCGGAGUAUAUCGCGCGCGCGGUCGCACCAACUGUAUAAGUCUGACUAGUGGAAUCGCGUAGUCAAAUAUAUCAAUCAUAACAAUAUUCCUACGUUUUAGUCUUUAUGACAACGAAUUAGGUAACACUUGGUUGGUACUACACCAGUUUGAACUUAAUCUUUCAAGUAAUACCCGACACGAAAUGCAAAAAUUAAAUUGUCUAAGCUAGAUGACAAAUGUUCUCUUGACUGAGUAAUAAACUAAAAUUAGCUUUAUAACUGUGUAACGAUGGAUAAGUUCAAACUGAUGUGGUGGGCAUGGAAUCUCAAAGGGUUGAUUUCCACUGAGGUGACAAUCGCUAGUCAAUAUUAUACGCCGACAUCACAAUCAACUCUCACUCUUAUGUUACAGUUUUAUUUAUUUUUAUAAAACUCGGUGCGCACGAUCUGUUCGGGUGGUGUCACUAUAACAUUGUGUGAAUUAAACUCCAGUCACUUGUAGACAUCUAAUAUUUGUAUCUAAUAUUUGAUUAGUGUAAGUAUAAAUUUUUUAUGCAAGUAGGAAUGUAUGAACUGUCAAACUAUGGAGAAGAAAAUAUGGCAGAAAAACGACUCAAAAUACGAUGUGUAUUACACGCAACACACUUAAAACCUCGCGCGACAUACAGAGCCCCUUCUUACAUGGUUGUCGGCUCGAUCGGUGUAUCAGUAUCGCCGCGAGAUGUAACCAACAAGUCUGCCACGUAAUGCAUUGGACUGUAGCAACUGUAGAUAUGUACUCUGAUAUUUCUCGGCGAUAAUUCUAUUGUAGGUACGUGACUUGGAAUUUGUUAUAAUUAAGUGGAAUUAAGGGUUGUACGUUAUGUAUUAUAAAUUAUUUAAUUGACAUUCACCCCUACACGUUGCGCGCACAAGUUAAUUACAAUUCGAUCCACUUGUAAAAAUAACAAAGGCAGCUUGAUUGUUGUUUUAUACAAAUUAAUAAUUGUUUAAUAAUAAUAAUAUAUUAAUUUCGUAAUGUAGAUACCAAUAUUUAAAUUAAAAUGCGAAUCACAUUCAACGAUUAAUUUUAAGUUGAACCUUGACAUUCUGAGUUGUAGCUUCUGGUCUGACUGUAGUGAUGUACUGUCCAGUAACGUCGACGACACUCCAUACGGAAAGUAUUAACUAAAUAGCUUUUACACAGGAACAUUUAUUUUUGUAUGGACUUUUUUAUUUUACACAUUUGACAGUUGAUGAUGCACCAAGUGUAGAAUUUUGUAUGCGAAACUUAGCGAUAAGGUUAGGUUACAUGUAACACUGUAUGAUGCGUGAUUGAGGGUGUUUUCCUCCUGUCUAUGGUUUCUACGCGGGUGUGAACGAUUAUUUGCAUUUAUAUUAGUAUAGUAACGCGUUACAAAUACCAUAAAAAUUACUAAUCUGAGAUUAAUAUUAUAACCAAUGGCGUUUUUAUGUAAAAGGAACUGCUUUGUUUAAUUCGUGAUUACAAUUUAUUACUAGUAUAGUAUUAAUUAAAGUUGCUGGUCUCAGUUGCAUUUUCUAAAUUCAUUAUAGCCAAAUUAAGUUGAAGGAAUACGGCCUUUUCUCUUCACAUUCUCCUUGGAUAAUUUCAAUGGAAAACAUCCUUGAGACGACAAUGUCGCCCAACAUUGACGAUGCACUAUUAUUUAAUUACAUGUGAUCAUUUUGAGAUAUGACUACAGUCUACACUUUGUGUACAAGCGAGAAUAUUUAAUUUAUCACAUUGUAUCAAAUGAUAAUUUGUGGUUUAGAAAGUUCCUGUUAUUUAUUAUCAAAAUUUUAUUCAAUUUCUCAUUCUAAUCAGAUGAUCACAUGCGCAGUUCUUAAAUUUCUCGCACUCGGAGAAGGAUGUGUCGAAAGUCAUAUCUCAAAACGCACUGAUUGUAAGUUACUAGAUCUUUUUGAUGUAUUUAAUACGUUUUAUACUCAAUAAUGUAAUUAGAAAUAAAUGCGAGGCAAACUCAGUGUAGAGAUGUAUUAUUAAAAAUAGCAAAAUGUACCUCGGCCGCAAGUUUUGAGAGAACAUUUGUUUUUUUGGAAAAAAUAUUGAAAGUUGUAUAAUAAUUUUUAUCGGCGCCUUGAAAUUAAAUUCUAUACACAAUAUGCACCUACUGGGACAAAAGUAAUAACUGGUCUAAAUUAUGUGAGGGCAAUAUUCCUCUUGUAAAGUCUUCCUAGAACGUUGCAGCAUUUAUUGGAUGCAAGCACAAAGUAGCGACAAGCACGGGAUCUACAUUUAAGAUGGUCAUAUUGAAUUGUUUCAAAAAUUAGUGUCAUAUUGGUAUGUUAAAUAAAAAUGUCUAUUGACGGGCAAAUGGGAAAUGAAUUGCGAAUGUGAAUAUAGUGCACUAACUUUAACAAGCUUUAUAAAAUAAACAUUGCCAAACUUAGGAAGGAAUUAAAGCCGACUUUACAUUCCUGAAGCUUUUUAUAAUAACACUUGCGACGAUUAGCUUAAAACUUAAGUAUUGGGUACUAAAGUACCGCCCUACCAGUUUCUCAAAAAUUGACUAAAUACAUUACUGUAUCUAACGUUUUAAUAGUAUCUAGGUAUAGAUUAUAGAGUGAUUCGGUUUUUUUAUUUUUAUAUUGCUCAAAGUAUAUUAUUUUAUAUUUGUAUUUGCGAACUUGUGUUUGUAAGUUUUUGUGAAUGUAUAUUAUCCGAUGUAACGAGCCAAUGUAAGUGCAGUAUGUAAUGUUUAACAAUAAUUUAUUUAUUAAUUUGCA